GACCUUCGAAAUAGCUAACCUUGUGUAACCAGGUCCGUUCCUUGGAGGGCUGUAAGAUGACAAAAGAAAAACCAGGUUUCCUAACUCCAAAAGCUAUAUCAAACAGAAUCAAAUCGAAGGGACUGCAAAAACUGCGAUGGUACUGUCAGAUGUGUCAAAAACAGUGCAGAGAUGAAAAUGGUUACAAAUGCCAUACGAUGUCGGAGUCCCACCACAGGCAAAUGAAACUUUUUGCCGAAGACGGUGGAAAGUUCAUCAGCAGUUUCUCUUCUGAUUUUUUGAAAGGAUACCUCGACAUACUACGUCGACAGUUUGGUGGGAAACGCGUGCAUUCCAAUGUCGUUUAUCAAGAAUAUAUCAAAGACAAAGAACAUAUACAUAUGAAUGCGACGAGAUGGCAUACACUUACAGGACUGUGCAUGUGGCUUGGAAAACAGGGAAUUUGCAAGGUAGAUGAAACUGAGAAAGGGUGGUUUAUCGAAUACAUCGAUCGCGACCCAGAAAAGUUGAAAAAACAAGAACAGAGUGAGCGUUUGGAAAAGACAGAAGAUGAAAUCAACAAACAGUUUCUAGAGCGUCAAAUAGAACACAAUAUCAACAAAGUUGAACAAACGGAAGGUCCCGUAUACACUCCUCUCAUCCGCACCAACGAAGAUGAACCAAUUAAAUUGGAGAUUUCUUUGUCUCAAAAAAAGCCACCUGUCCAGGUGAUGAGCACAGAGAUUGAUCCUUCCCCAAGUUCUUCGGAGGAAAAACCUACUCAAAGUCUUAUGACGUUGGGUCCGAAAAAGGAAAGAACUGCAGUAAGCAAUCCUAUUCUCUUUAAUACUAGUGGUUGUCACUUCAGUUGAUCAAAGUCAUAGUUCAGUGUAUUUUAUCUUCCCAUCAGGUUUUGUUGAAGCUGAAUUUUAAGCAAGUAUCUUGUUUCUUCUGAUAAUGACUUCAACUUUUAGACUUAAUUUCUACACUUGCGAUCGUGGUGUUGUUGCAGUUUUACCGUUUUAACAUUUUACACACUUUGACUUUCAGAAUCCACUCUUGAUUGCUGAGAAAAAAGCACGUGAAGAAAAAUCCAAAUCUAGUUCUGAAAAGAAGCAAGACACACGUACUACAGCAGUUUCUGGAGUUCGUCGACGUGCCUUGGAUGAAUUAAUGGAAAAAGAAGAAGCUCUUAAAGACAAGAGAAAUCGAAGAGAUUACUGGAUGACAGAAGGGAUUGAAGUCAAGCUAAUCAAUCGCAAACUUCCUGAUGAUCUACGUUGGAGACAUGCCACAGUUUUGAAGAUGCUGGAUAAUUACACGGUUAGUGUGACUAAUUAUUCAUCCACAUCAUUUAAAUUUUAUGCAGUGCUAGUUUACAUAGUCAGACAACAUAUUCCUCCAUUUUGAGGAAUGAAACAAUUAACCUUAUCUUUUGCGAUAGUUCCAAGUCUACUGUUGUUUGUAUAUUUCUCAAUCUCCAUAAUUAACAAGUCGGAAAUCUUUUAUAAUGGCUAAUGUAAAGAUCAUCAAAUAUCUGUAACCAGUUUGGGAUACUAUACUUCCAUCCAGCUCAGAGAACAAAACACCACCAAAAUACUAUACUUCUGUGAAUCAGGCAAGUUUCAAGUAACGGGUGGUUGUAAAGUUAAUUGCUUACCAAGCGUAAUAAUGAUAUGUAAAUGAGUCCAGAUAUUUAAGUAAUCAGACAUCUUAUUACUUAAGACUAAUCAAGUUACUAUCACCUCAGUAACUCACAUGUUCCUGGAAAUAAGCUCUUGAACUGAGUUCAGACUGUUGUUAUUGUCUUGCCCAUCUUGAGGACCCAACCAAACGUUAUUUGAAUAUUUGCUCUCUGAGGUCUUAACAUUCUGUUCAAGCCGUCUUAAAAGUGGCUAAUUCGGAAGCAUAGGAUUUUAGAAUUAAGAGUAAAACUAUACUACAACUCCUGUACUGAAAAUAGUUUGCAUCGUAAAGGCGGUUAGAAAACAGUUAUGUUACUGUCUUGCUAAUGUCAUGACUCCGUAAUAGUUAGCUCAAAUGUACAAUACGGCUGUAUUGUUGAUUCAUUUUGCGAGAUGAAGCAUCCAUUUUUGCUCGUUGUAGGACCCAUCACGUAGACGGAACUUCUCAUUUAUCACUUCCAUCAAAAAACUUCAUAUCACUAGUCUUGAAGAAAGUCUCUUGGACUCUUGAGUUGCUUAAUAUUCACCUGUUUUGUUAUACGGACACUUCACAAUGUCUGCUAAGUCGGUAUCCUGGUAGUCAGUCAUUAGUAUUUAUCUGCACAUUUUCAUCACAAAAAGGAUUCUUUUCAUUAACAAUCUUUCUUUGUGUUCUUUCAAUAUACCCUACGGUUUCGAUAAAUUUUCAUUUAAUGGCCGUUACAGAGGACGGAUCGCCCACGAAUUACUACUCCUGAAACAACACUAUGACUUACAGGUUUUCACUUUUCGGAUGUUAUACCGUAUCUGAUUCCAAGCAUCUUCAAUUAAAACUUGAAUCUCAAGCAAUGGAUUCAGUUUUUGAGAUGCAUACAAUGUUCCAAUGUGUCUUGACACUGUCUAGUUGGUAUUGAUGAGAAAAAUCCGUGGGUAUCACUAUCUACUUCUAGAGUACUAUGAAAUGUUGGGAGUAGACUAGGCGAAAGUCCUAAAGUUCGCUUAACCAUCGCAGCGUACAAUCUAUUGUUCGGCUGGACUUUCUCUUAGGACUUAAGAAAUCCCAAAACUUUGAUUUCUGCUUAUAUUCCUUGUUCAAACACAUAAUGAACAUUAUUUUUAAAUUUAAUUAAAAUCCGUAGGACUCAAGUGUAUAGACGUCAUACAAGCUGUUCUUUAAGGAUAUCUUAAAAAUCCCAUAUCGAUGGGUGUCUCUUAGCAUUGUACAUCUACGGAAACUUAAUCUAGCAUUGAUUUCAAGCAGGCGGAGUUUACUGAUUCUGUCACAUCCGGUUGGACUCUUCUUGAUCUCAACAGGCAGCUAAGACGUUUAAAGGAACAUUUCGGCUGACUCAUAUCGCUGUUUAUUUUAAUAUUAUACUGUUUCCGUUGAGUUCCUAUCUUGUUGCCAGCUGUGCUUUUUAUGCGAAGUCUUGUUCUUAGCUUUACCUGAACUACUUUUCUUCAGCGAUUAUAUUUUCCUAUGUUUGGCACCAGUUCAUGUGGUAGUUUGAGUUAAUCUUGCCUCGCUAAUAAAUAUCACUCGACCCCAUUGUACUGUACUGGCUGGUGCUAUGUCAAGCCCACAUGGGUUGAUCUAGUUUCCGGACAGGCCAAUUUAUUCAUUCUACUUGCAACAUUUUGACCUUAUCAAUUAAUUGUUUAUUAAUGCUGAUUUCCUCUACUCAUCACAUGUCUAUAAUUUAUUUUUAUUUGAAUAUAAAUAUCGAGUCGCGUUUGGUGAAAUCGAGUUGACCCACUUGCCUUCUCCACCGCACAUCCUUUCGUCUCACUUCGCUCUCUCCUCUUUGCUUCUUUCAUUUCGUCUCACUGAUUGUCUGUUUUAAACAAUGAGUGCAUGAAAUAUACGUAUUCAAAAUCCAUUCUCGUAUCUGGCUUAUCUAACUUCGUUAUUCACUUACGCAGAUUAAGUCGAUAAAGGUAUACGAGGUUAGCUGGGAUGUAUAUUUCAAUGUCAAUCAUCAUAAGGUCUAAUUUGAGUUAGAUACCGGGUCACUGAAUUACCGCUUUGUUCAUUUGUCAGACAGCAAUUCACUAUUUCAAAAAAACUAGAAUCCGUUUACUGUUCAUGAAUAAUAGUAAACCAUAACACAAGCAUAUACACCGUCUGAAUAAAUGUUUCAGUAAGAAUUCAGCAGAUAAGUAUGGGAUCAUACCAGAUUGUAGGCAUAUCAAAAUUAGUGUCAGAACACGGAAUUAGUGGCUAUUUAUCAUUUUACUUACCCUCUUUAAGAUUACUACUUACUUACGCCUGUCAUUGCCAGUGGAGCAUAGGUCGGCGACCAGCAUCCUCCAACCCACUCUGUCCUGGGCCUUCCUUUCUAGUUCUAUCCAAAUGUUGUUAAUUCUUCUCAUGUCUGUCUCUAUUUCUAGGCGUAAUGUUUUCUUUGGUCUUCCACUUCUUUAACCUUGAGGGUUCCAUGUGAGGGCUUGUCUUGUGACGCAGUUGGGCGCUUUCCUCAAUAUGUGUCCCACCCACUUCUAGCAAUUCUUCCCGCUGGGAUCUGGUUUGUUCUCUCACACAGUACGUUGUUGCUGAUAGUGUCUGGCCAACGGAUCCGAAGUAUUCUGCAUAAACAGCAGUUAAUAAACACUUGUAUCUCCUGGAUGAUUGCUUUCAUAGUCCUCCAAGUUUCCGCCCCAUACAGUAGAACUGUCUUGACAUUUGUUUUGAAAAUUCUGAUUUUGAUGUUGGUUGACAGUUGUUUUUAGUUCCAGAUAGAUAUGCUGCUCUUCCUUUGCCGAUCCGCGCCUUUACAUCUGCAUCAGAUCUACCAUUUUCAUCAAUGACGCUGCCCAGAUAUGUAAAGGUUUCUACAUGUUCCAAAGCUUCUCUGUCAACUGUGAUUCGAUUGGUGCAUGUUGUGUUGCGUCGUAGAAUCUUAAGAUCCCCAAAUGCCCUGGUAUGGCCGAGAGUGGAGAGAGUCCGCUCUCCAUCUCGAAAUACUCUCAUAUGGCCACGCGUAUACAGCCUCUACCAGGGCAAUCCUACUCACUGCUUUCUCGUGGCGGGGUGUUGUGUACGAAAAUGAGAGGACGGAAAGCGAAUGUCUGGCGCUUUAACCGGAUCUCAAACCAAUGGUGUACAUGUGCUCCAGUAUCCUGAGGGAAGAAACAGAGUAUGAACCAAUCGUUGGUCACCGGCUACCAUGGGAAUGCAUCUCCUCACGAUGCUCCAUUGCCUUGUGAGUUAGACCUUUAGGUCAAAGGCUCCGGGUGUGGCCCCCUAAGAAAACUACUUGCUUCGGUUUGAGCACCCGGGUAGUAUCACAGCCCACACACAAAUAAAU